GUAGCGUCCCCCUCCUUAUCACCACUAAGUUCCAAUGGUCCAUCAACAUGUGCACUAACCAGAAUAGAUAAAAAUCAUAAAACCCUAGCUCUCUAUAAAUACCCUAAUGAGGGCGUGUGUCCUCCACAAGCAAUCAAUAUCCUAAUCUCUCUUCCUUCCUUUUCAUACCAAAUCACACUUGAAAGCUUCAUACAUGGCUUCCCAACGUGACCAAACUUUACCUAACCACAUAGAAAUUCCAGUUCAUGGAAAUAUGACUGAUCAACCAAGACAAUCUCCAAUUCCCGGAGGUGACGAAGAUGACACCUUCGAUUACUCCCAGAGGACACAGUGGCUUCGCGCCACCAUGUUGGGAGCCAAUGACGGGCUGGUUUCUGUUGCAUCGCUCAUGAUGGGCGUGGGAGCUGUGAAACAAGAUGUGAAGACCAUGCUAAUAGCCGGGUUUGCAGGUCUCGUGGCCGGGGCGUGUAGUAUGGCAAUAGGAGAGUUUGUCUCUGUGUACACUCAGUACGACAUAGAGAUAUCUCAAAUGAAGAGAGAGAUGAAAACAAAUGGUAGGACAGAAAAUGUAGAGGAGGCAAAGAAGAAGAUGCUGCCGAAUCCUGCGCAAGCCGCCUUGGCGUCAGCCAUUGCGUUUUCGAUUGGCGCGGUGGUGCCUCUGUUGGGAGCUGCAUUUAUAAGUGAGCAUAAGGUGAGGCUGGCCGUAGUGGCGGCUUUGGUGAGCGUUGCGCUGGUUGUGUUUGGAGGGGUAGCAGCGAGGCUGGGGGGGUCAUCGGUGGUGAAGUCUUGUGCAAGAGUACUUGUUGGAGGAUGGAUGGCAAUGACUAUAACUUUUGCACUCACCAAGUUAAUUGGGUCUAGUGGUAUGCAGGUGUGAUAAAUUACAUGUUUGUUGUUGUCGUUGUGUUUAAUUUCUGUUCUUGUUGAAGUUGCUGGUAUUGCUAGUGGUGGUUUUGCAGCUGUUGCCAACACCAUUUGCAUAGAGGCAGACAUGUAAAAUCAUAGUGUAAUUAAGGUUAACGACUUAUUUGUGAUUGUUUCUAGAAAGGUAAGCAGUU